AUGUCAAGCAAUGAAAAUGAUCGCUACUUAUUGCGAAAAUAUUGGAAAGAAAUUAAAACGGAUAUGAAUGCGGAUAGAGUGGGUGAUAUUUUAUAUUCACGAGGGGUCUUGACUUCAGAGAAAUAUCAAAAGAUGCGAGGGCAAACGACUAAUUGGGAUAAGAACAAUUUAAUAUUAAAUAACAUCAGUAAUAGCGAUAGUUAUGCAUUUGAACAAUUUCGCCAUGCCCUCAAUCAAACAACUCCUCAUCUUGCUGGAAUAUUUUCCCAAUCUCAUGCCGAUUCUGGGCUAUCAACAGCAAUCACUCAAUCUAUGCCGAGAAAUGAUAAAGAAGAGCUGGUAGUUCAUGGAGGUGUACCUGAUUUACCGUCUCACUUUGUUCAACGAAUUGCUAUGCAAGAUCAAAUUAGAGCUCAAUUAAACCAAUUAAGAGAUCAAUGUGGUUGGGUUAUUCUUGUUGGCAUGGCAGGGUGUGGGAAAACUGUUUUGGCUAGCCGAAUUGUAAGAGAAGGCCAGCUAAUAGAGCAAGUCUUUCCUGGUGGUAUAACCUGGCUAACAUUAGAUGAACAGCAUCCAAGAAUGAUCUUAAUCUUGGAUAAUAUUUGGGACAGUAAAUUAAUCAGUUACCUAGAUCUCAAAUGCCGUACCUUAGCAACAACACGAGAUAGUACUACUGCAAAGAGAAUUAAUUCUCCCUGCAACAUACUACAGAUUGAGCCAGGCUUUCAUAUCGCAGAAGCCAAAGCCGUUCUUUCUUCUUGGAUUGGAAUUCCUUCUAUAGAACUGCCAUCUCAGGCUAAUAGUUUAAUUUCUAAAUGCAAAGGCUUACCCUUGGCUAUAUCUAUUUUCGCAUCGUUGCUUUCAAAGAACCCUCAUCGCUGGGACUACUAUAUUUCACUAUUAACAAAUUCAACUCCAAAUCAUCUCCGUCUAAUCUAUCAAUCUAUUCAUCAUAGCCAUCAAUUAGAAGAGGCUAUUCGAAUCAGUAUCGAUAGCUUGGAUGCUGAUCUACAAUCAUAUUACUAUGAUUUGGCUGUGUUUGAAAACGAUAUUCAUAUUCCAAGUCGUGUCUUAAAUCUAUUAUGGAAUCAAGAUAUUGAGUUAGUGGAAGAUAAAAUGGAAGAAUUUGUAGCAAAAUCGUUGGCUUUAACAUUUAAACGCGAUGAUAAUCAUAAAAGCUAUAUUAUUCACAAUUUGUUAAUGUUCUACUUGAAAGAAACCCACCCUAACUUAUCCGCUAUACAUAAUCGAUUAAUUGACCGAUACAGUGCGUUAUGCAACAACCAGUGGCAUCUACUUGAUGAUGAUGGCUAUAUUUAUGCACAUCUUGUUCAUCAUUUAAUCCAUGCCAAGAGAUUGGACAUCGUUUGUCAGCUACUAACUGAUCCAUUAUGGCUCCAAUCAAAACUUGAUCACAAUAAAUUAUCUAAUUUAUUAAACGAUUACAUGCUAGUGCAAAAGACAUUCAAAGAUAAGGAGUGGUAUCAAAUCCAGCAAUAUUAUGACUUAAUAAAAGAGAAUACCGAUAUUAUUACCGGUAAUAAGCACUUAGAUAUAAUCCAAUUAAUACUAAAUCGAUGUCAGCAACCAUCAAUAGUCGAUGAAGCUCUUCAGAUCGCUCAACGGCAAAAUGAACAUCCAAUUUGGAAUUGCGACAAUGCAACUUUGGAAGCCUCUUUAAAUGGUCAUGUUGAUAGCAUAACUGCUAUGCUGAUAUCGCCCGAUGAAAAUAGCCUUAUAACAAGUUCACUAGAUGAAACUGUCAAGAUUUGGGAUAUUCAUUCUCAAUCAAUUUGGUUAGCUAAAACUGGCCACCAUCUAGCCACCAUGCACGGGCAUAAUGGAAAAAUUAAACACUGUCGUUUCUCAUCUUCAGGAAGCCUUUUGGUCUCAUGUGGCGAAGAUGGAUAUGUAAAGGUAUGGGAUCUAAUAACCUACUCUGUAAAUCAAUCAAUCAUUUAUCAAUCCGAAAUGCCAUUGUGGGGUCCACUUUCAUGUCAUUUCCUACGUGAUGAUAGUCAGAUAUUAUGUUCCUGUUUGAGUUAUCUUUAUAUCAUAAAAGUUGAAGACGGAACGGUGCAUAAAAAGAUCCCAAUGUCAGAGUUGGCCAAUUCGUUAGAAAUAUCACAAGAUCGAUAUUGUGCCGUUUGCAUAGCAAAUGAUGUGCAGAUAUGGGAUUUGCAGCAAUCCAAACUCGUUACAACUUGCUUUGGACAUUGUGAUCACGUCAAUUCUGUAGCUUUCUCUCGCGAUGGUAGUAAAGUUGUCACAGGUUCAGAUGAUGAAACUCUCAAAGUUUGGGAUUUCUUCAACAUCCCAUCCGUGGUUAAUCCCUCAUUAAAACCAAUUUACGAUUGCCAAUUCGAGGAUAAUAAUAAUCCUCUCCUCUAUGUUAUGGAUAAAGAAAACAAUUUACUGGUUUACUAUGGUUUAAAAGCUACUCUAAAAAAACGAAUUAAAAUUGAAACUGGCUCUGUAACGUGUUGUAAAUUGUCUAGGGAUUGCCGAUGGAUUGCUAUUGGAUGCAGUAAUGGCCAAAUUAUAAUUCUAGAUACGAAGAAUGGUCAGUUACUUGCACAACUGUAUGGCCAUAUGGAUAAAAUUUCGUUUUGUAAUUUCAUAAAUCACGAUGAAAGAAUUCUAUCAGCCAGUUACGAUGGUUAUAUUAAGACUUGGCAUCCGCGAACUGGAGAAAUGAUACUUGAGAUUCAAGGUCAUCAAGGCAUUAUUUGGUCUUGCUGUGUUGCUAAAGAUGAAUCAUUCAUUGCUACAGCAUCCCAUGAUUGCCUUGUUAAGAUAUGGUAUAACCCAAGUUUACGGUUGUACCAAUGUUUACAACAUGGCUAUAGCGUCAUGAGUUGUGACUUCUCAUCGGAUGCCAAAUUAUUACUAACUGGAAGUGAUACUGGAAUUAUUAAGGUUUGGAAUAUCUCUUUGGCUGUGAUAAUAAAACAAUUUGAUAGCCUUGAUAAUAGAGAGAUAUUAGCAAGUUAUUUUCUAUCAGGUUAUUGGCUAGACGAAAAUGGUAAUCAGCCAUAUUUUGUAACAGUUAAUGAUAAGAUAAACUGGUAUAGCCUGGAAGAAAAUACGAUGGUCCAACAAUUUUAUUUAUAUAGUGACUGUGAAAGGCUAUUAUGGACUCAUGAUUUUCGAAUUUUGGUUACAAUAGAUUGGAAAGGAGUAUUAUACAUUAUAAAAAAGGUUGAUUCAAGCUAG